UGAGUACAAUGUCAGAGUCCGAUUCCUGCUCUUGUUCUGAAUUCGACGAAUCGAUGGAUUUGUGUUACGAGAAAAUAAUAGAAAAGAAGAAUCUUCUGCGAAACAACAAAAUUGCCAUUCGCUCAUGUAUUCUGUUCCUGUAUCUUCAGAAAGAGUCUGUCUAUAGUGCAUAUCACUCGUUUUGUAAUGUUCUCGGAUACGGUUUGAUGGAAUAUCGCGAAUUCGACUUUUGGUACUAUCAAAUCGGAAAUGGAGAUGCUGAUUUAGACUGUGAAAUGAGGUAUGAUCCAAAAAGUCGCAGCCUGCCCGAUAUGCCUAUCCAAAUUGUUCAUAAAGUUCUGGAUGAUAUGAAACCAUUUGAAACGUUUCCUAUUCGUAAUGUGUCUCGAAACUUGAGAUCUAUCAUCGACAAUCGCAAUUCUGGCAUCAAAAAAAUCUCGAUGAGCAUGGGCUACGAUCGAUUGGAGUUGUACCAUGAUGACGAUGACGAAGAUUAUCGAUCGUAUACGUGUCGGAAGAAUAAAAAAAUUCGCAAUAAGGAAUAUAUGAAGAAACCAUUGGACGACGUGGCGAUUCUAUUGAAAAAUCCGAAUCUUAAGCUGGAAGAGUUCAAAGUGGAGGUCAAUGAUGAAUUCACUGAAAGAUUUGAAGUUGCUAACUGCUAUGAGAAUUUCAAGGAGACUUUCAAAGCUUCGGAGGCGGAAAUUAGUGCUAAAAAAUUCACGAUUGACAUGCUGGACCUGCAAGAUAUUACCCAAGUCGUUUCCCAUUUUAAACCGGGAGAUCUCGAAGAAAUUGGCAUUGAUGAGCUCUCCAAUAAGAAGGACGUGGAACAGUAUUUAUGAUGAUUAUGUUGAUGAAACAAUGGAUAUGUACUUGGCUCUUUUUGAGCUGGAGCAGUGGAAGAAGAUUAAGAAACUUCGAGUCUGGGAUCACCGUUUUACUUUCCCAAUUGAAAAUCUCUUCCAUUUGUCGGGUUUUGAGGUUAAAAUGGAAGAAUUCACGGUUGAUGACGCCAUCAAGAUUAGAGAUAUACUUUAGAAAAUUGAUUAUUUUCAAUAUUCACAUGAAAUCCGAUCACUUUCAAUCCGCAAUCAUCAGAUGCUCUACAAUUAAGGCUUCUCAACUCGCGAUGCUUUUCAAUCAUGAGCAAUCAGACGAAGAACAUGCUCCGUUCGUCUAUGAAACCGAGACGUCACGCUUCAAAAUUAGGCUCACCUUUGGCUAUUUGGAAAUUAAAAAAGAACAGUGAU